AUGCGACGGAUCGGACGCGCGGACGCGCGGACGUCGCCCGGGCGCGUCGUCGCGGCGUUAGCGCUGGCGCUGGCGCUCGUCGGUGGCGUCGAUGCGUCGGACGGGCGACGCGAGGGCGCGCGAGAGAGAGACGCGAGCGAAAGGUUUGUCGACGUCGCGACGUUCGAGCGAUGCGGCGUCGAGCGCGUGCGCUCGAACGCGGGCGAAGUGUGCUUCGAGCACGUCGUUCGAGGAGCGACGGAGGACGGGACGUGCGAGAUCGAGCGCGCGAGACUGUGGCGCGCGGAUGGAACGGAGGUGGAACGCGCGUGCGGACGCGUCGAUGCCGGCGCGUCGCGCGUCGUCGUUCGCUUGCGCGUCGACGAAGCGUGUCGGAUCGAAGCGAAUCAAGCUGUACGUGUGGAGGCCGCGGUGGAGUGCGCCAGCGGUGACGCGCGAUUGUUCCCGUUUUCCACCAUGCUCCUUGGAGAGGUUGUCGCGUUGGCGGACGCCGCGGUCUACUUGGCAGACAGCGUGCACACGCUCGAGGAAACGAUAGAAAUCGCCGAUGAGGUAUUGGAAGACGAGCGGGCGACCGAGGUCACGAUUUGGUGGCCGGCGUCGUUUUGA